GGCCUUUCAGUUUUGGAUCUUUCUUGGAGGCUGAGGUAAGAGAAACCAAAACAGAACCAUGGUUGUCAGCCUAUAGUUAGUGCCUUGUAGCAUCCACAAUCAAUCCCGACCUUGUUUCUCUCGCUGGCUACCGGUACUGUAGCCAUCAAGAUGGAGAUUCUUCGGCUCCUGUCUUCGUCCCUUUUGCUACUACUAGGAUUGAACUUGAAUUCAGUUGGAGCGUUUGUUCCACAUCCAACGAAUCAUCGAGGACAGCUUGGCGCUGUGGAGGCAACGCCUGUAGAGGAAGAUGGUGAUCCCAACAGUGUUUCGAGGCGACAGGCCGCAGAGCUGACGUUUGCGGCUGUUGGAUUGGGAAUCUCGUUUCUUGGUACCAGAGAAGUGGAUCCUCAAGACUAUGGACUCUGGGGAAUUCUUCCCGUUGGAACCUACAAAAAGAAAAAGACCAUUCGAGAGACGAUUGUACCCGGAAAACUAUGGACAUUCGACCAAAAAUUUGGUAUUCUGGAUGUACAGGUUCCCCUGCGCAUGACCAUUGUCAAGCUAUCGGAUGGAGGCCUCUUUGUCUAUGAUCCCAUUGCGGCUACUGCUGAAUGUCUGGAAUUGGUCAAUGAAAUUGUAAAGGAACAUGGUCCAAUCCGUCACAUUGUGUUGGGAUCAGUGGCAUUGGAACACAAAGCUUAUUCUGGCGUCUUUGCACAAAAGUUUCCGGAGGCUACCAUUUGGCUGCAAAAGGGUCAAUACUCCUUUCCAAGCAAUCUGCCAGACUCCUUUUUGGGUUUCCCUGUCGGUCGGACCAAAUCUAUGCCGUCUAGCCCCGAAGAAGCACCACCAGAGUGGAACAAAGACUUUGAUUUCCUUUCACUGGGACCGUUCAUAAGUCGAGAUGGAGCUUUUGGGGAGACUGUUUUCUUUCACCGAGACACGAAAACGCUUUUGGUGACAGACACUACGGUCGAGGUCAAUGAAGAAGUGCCUCCAAUCUACGACUCCGAUCCAGCCCCACUGAUCUAUCAUGCCCGCGAUACG